AUGCCCUGUCAACAUCCGGAUAUACGAAAAUUCGACGGUCUACGAUGUUGCCUGGCAUGCGGCGAGACAGAAUUUGAAAUUGCAAGAUCUACAACAACAGCCCAAUGGCAAAUCUCGGACUCGACAAACCAAUACCAAUAUUCUCGUCUCAACUACAAACUCGGUCAGCAGAUACGUCUUGUUGAUGUCCUUCCAGGAAAGCGCUCCGAUCCUGUCCGAUGCGAAAUGCUCCAUGUCAAUCUCGACGACGAUCCAGAUUACGAAGCGGUUUCCUAUACCUGGGCGACCGAAGAGGGCGAUGAUAGUAAAUCCAAAAUCAUAUAUUUUCCCAACGAUGAAUCGAUACAGGUCACCAAGAACUGCGAAGCUGUAUUUCGUCAGCUCAGAGGCCGCAGACUCGCACGACGGUUCUGGGUCGACGCCGUUUGCAUAGAUCAGAACAACGUAAACGAACGAAACCAUCAAGUUGGUCUGAUGGACAAGAUAUUUGCCCAGGCGUCAAACGUCGCAAUAUGUAUCCAAGAAGAGAACUCGGCAUUUGACUACACGAGAUUGUUUGUCGAGCUACAAGAGGUAAAUUACGGGGUUGGCAGAGGGUUCAACAGCUGGCUGCAACCCAUUCUUAGACCUAUCCUUAUCCAUUUAUUUGAUUUGCGCUACUUCCAGCGCGUAUGGGUAAUACAGGAGGUGGCUUUGGCGAAAACGGCGUAUUUGCGUGUUAAUGACACUGGAGUCUUGCUUUCACCCUCGGUCAUGAGUAGGCUCCACCAUAUGUGCGACGAAUGGCGCUGCAAAAUUCCCAGCGUCCUCAGAUGGAACCCCGGUCAAAGACCUGAGACAGACAUCGUUACGUGUCUGCGUCUCGGUCUUCACUGUCAGUCGAGUGAUCCAAGGGACAAGAUCUAUGCCGUUCUCAGCCUGAUGGACUCUCGAUCUCGGUCUCUCAUACCAGUGGAUUACUCUCUGGAUAUUCGUACAGUGUACACACACGUACUCAUCGCUGUCGCUGCCACGCGUCGAAAUCUAAACUUUCUCAACCAUAUGGAUUUCUCGAACGGUGUAAACAAAGUCACAAUCGAGGCUAUUUUGAAUAACGAAAUACCCCAAACUGGCUUCCACUGGUGCCUUGACUUUGAACGCACUCGAGGCCCGUGGUUAUCAACCAUUGACGUACAUACAAUCGCACAAUUACGGCCACUUCCAUCACUACUAGAUGCAGACUGCCUUACAGUCAACGAAAAAAAAGUGUCUGCGGUCACGUUCGAAAUGCCUUCCAACUCGGCCUGUUCGAGCUCUGCUCUACGAUUUCACGUCCGUGCACACUAUGUCGACACGAUUCAAUCUGUCAAGUUCUCAAAACAUGUCACUUCCAAAAAGGGUAAAGGCUAUUUUCAUAUUGGCAAGGAGAGUUACACAAUCUUGGAGCGUUUAGCCCAUAGUUGGAUACUAGAGGUUUUUAAAUCGACCCCUCACGUUGGAAAGAUCAAGUCUGCUGCGAUGGGAAAAUCGCUGCCCUACCUAAAGCAAGAGCAUGCGCCAGGUAUCGACUUACCUGACUUGCAAUCGUUUGUCAGAGGUGUGAAGGCAACUCAGCAAUACGGAUGUAGCGAGGCAUCAACCUAUACCUUGUUCCUAACCCAGUAUAGUGUUGGGUGCGCACGCCAUGGUUUCGAGGAGAACGAUGAGAUAUUCGUGGUCGAUGGGUCGAAGACACCAUUCAUUCUGCGCAAGACUGGUCCAUCCCAGUACAAGAUCAUAAGCGAAUGCUUCGUUUGGGCCCUACUUGAGCUUGACUACUGGAAUCCUGGGACGAAGAAGGGGCGGUGGGGACAGUAUGCGGAGAAGCCCCAGCGUGUGCAAACGCAGAUGAUUGAGAUCGUUGGACCGAUGCUGCGGAGCUGCUAA